AUGUCAGACGAUCCAACACGGCAACCCGCAAGCGCGGAAAAGGCCUUUACAGCAGACCAGUGGAAGGGCGCCGAAGCCACCCACGCAGUCAAACCCGAGAACGCCAAUGUCUACGCCGCCGCAGCAUCACAGCAUACCGCCGGUGGCUCGGCUGCCGACGUCACAAUCACCGACGCUGCAAGAUCAAUCAAGAUCGAGGACUUUGCUGCUCUGCCCAAGAAGCCUUGUGUGAGGGACUCGCUGCUCACUGGAAUCACCGCUGGCUUUGUGGUAGGCAGUACGAGGGCCAUCUGGAGGGCACCAAUCCAAUCGGCCACCAACUGGGCAGUCGGCACUUUCGUCAUCGGCUCCGCAGGCAUGUACCAAUACUGCCAGUACAAGCGUCUGGCAGAAAAGGAAGGCAUGACACGCGCCAUGGAGAUCAUCGACCGCAAGCAAGUCGAACGCAAGCAAAAGGAAGCCCGUCUGGAGAGAGCGAGAGAGUUGCGCCGUCAAAAGAAGGAAGAAGAGGAUGCUCAGAAGUUUGCAGACUUGAACUCUGGCAAUGCUACACCAGGCGCAACCGAGACCAAGUCCUCUUCGUGGAAGCUCUGGUAG